AUGACCACAUCUCCCACGAUCAGUAACCUGGACAUCCAUUCCCACUCCACCUUAUCCUCGCCCACUACCUCCGAGGCCACUAGUAUCAGCAACUUUUCUCCACCGACUCCUGUCAUUGAUAAUCUUGACCUUCUGCUCCCUGAUGGCAUGGCUUCUUCCACCUCCAAAACGUCCGUUGGAGAGUCCAUCCUCCGUCAAUAUGCCGAACAUUUAGAUCCCAUUGAUGCUGACGGCCAAACACACGCUGUGCGCAGUCUGGUCCACGCAGAGCCCGAUCCCGUGAGCGAGAAAGCCGUCGGCAGCGACAACGCGUCCCCCAACGAUCCUCUGAAGACCUCUUAUAUCGCACAUCAUCCCACAGUUCCAGUGCCAAAGCCUCUUCUACUGCCGAAGUCUCUGCUCGCACACCGCAAGAAUCCAAAAUCAAUAGAUAUACCAAGACAAACAAUCAUGAAGGCUCUGGUCUCACGGCGGCCCAGUGCGGGGCCUAACACCGCACCGUUGGCCGUGAACGCCCUCAAGACAGCGAUUAAUGAGGUGGAGUUGGAGCAACAGAGAAGUUGCGCCGGGUCACCAUCAUUGACAGCCACCUUUGCUGGUCUCCAGGCCAGCGCACUGUCUACCUAUUCGCCUACGUCGACGAGUUUUCUUCGAUCGCCAUGUUUCUUCCAUCAGCGGUUUGACGGGGUUGUGGACAUUCAGAAGGUUCUGGAAGAGAUUGCCGACGACGACUACUCGCAUUCGCGACUGAUGCAAACUGCAACGGGCGUAAGAGAGGUUUCCAAACAGCUGCAGCGCAAACCCCUCAAGCGAGCCGUGCGCAAUGUCAUGAUUGUGACCAAGGCCCGCGACAACAGCCUUGUUUACUUGACGCGCGAGCUUGCUGAAUGGUUGCUCUCCACGCCUCGGUAUGGAAGCGAGCUAGGUGUUAACGUCUAUGUGGAUGCCAAGCUCCGACAUUCCAAACGAUUCGAUGCCGCCGGAUUGUUAGCGAAGGAACCUCGGUUCAGUAAGAUGUUGAAGUAUUGGACUCCAGAUCUGUGCUGGUCAUCCCCGGAAAAAUUCGACCUGGUGCUCACGAUGGGAGGUGACGGCACUGUCUUAUUUACCUCAUGGCUGUUCCAGCGGGUGGUACCGCCGGUGCUUUCCUUUUCGCUGGGAAGCUUGGGGUUUCUGACCAAUUUUGAAUUCGACAAAUAUAAAGAACACCUUGAUCGGGUCAUGGGUGACACUGGCAUGCGAGUCAAUCUUCGCAUGCGAUUUACCUGCACUGUCUGGAGGGCCGAUCACUCUCCUGGGGCGGCAAAGGGUGCUGUGGAGGAAGGCGAGCAGUUUGAAGUUUUGAACGAGCUUGUCAUUGACCGCGGCCCCUCGGCCUAUGUGUCCAACCUAGAGCUCUACGGCGAUGAUGAGCUUUUGACCAUUGUGCAGGCAGACGGGUGUAUCUUUUCCACGCCGACAGGGUCCACGGCUUACUCCCUGUCCGCGGGAGGUUCUCUAAUACACCCGUCUAUUCCUGCCAUCUUGUUGACGCCCAUUUGUCCACACACCCUUUCAUUCCGUCCCAUGGUAUUGUCGGACACUCUUGCAUUGCGGAUCGCAGUACCCCACAAAUCCCGGUCGUCGGCCUAUUGCUCUUUUGACGGAAAAGGACGGAUCGAAUUGAAACAAGGGGAUUAUGUGACCCUUGAGGCGUCGCAGUAUCCAUUCCCUACCGUUAUGACCGGUACGAAUGAAUGGGUGGAAAGUGUACAAAGGGCUUUGAGAUGGAACGUUAGAGGCGCAGUCCAGAAAGGAUGGGACAGUGGGGAUGACGAAGACAGCGACCACGUUGAGGAGAAAUGGGACAUCGACAUUGAUUCGAGCCCUCUUGGAGGGACGGACAGCGGCAUUGGGCCCAGUGAGGAUGGCGACCAUGCAGCGAGCCCAAUGAGGCGACAAUUGAGCAUGUUGAAUAUGUGA